GAAAUUAUUUUGCAGUAGAUAACACAGACAACAUACACUUUUGAGAGAUUUUAAAUCAUGAGAAAUUUAUUACUGCAGACACUAUGUUGCCUUCUACUCCUAUUAUCUUUUAUCAAUGCAAGUAAUGAAAAUGAUCUGAACUCAACACUGGGCGCAUACGCCGAUUCAUACCGUGAAGCUGUGGAUUAUAAAUUUCUCAUGAUUGAAAUUCAGACAGGCGAAGAUCCUCAGAAUGUCGAAGGAAUAAUAAAACCUGAAAUUCUGCGACUUGAGCACUUAUAUCAAAGUAAAUGGGCGAAGGAAUUUCUCGAAUCAAUCGGUGCAGAAGAUAAGAAGCUGGUGAAUUUUUCUAUCGAUGAAUACAGAAAGGCAUUGCAAGGAGAUACUGCUUUUAAUUACGCAGUUCUUGCUAGUAAAGAAUUAUACAAUCAGACGAAAAUGCAUAUUUCAAAGAAAUGGGAAAAUCGAAAAACUCUCGAUAUUGCAGAAGGCAAAUAUUUUGCGGAGACAUCAAGCAAUUUGAAGAAAGACGAAGUUCAAAUUGAAAUGAUGAAGAAGGAAUUUAUGGAAGCAAAGGAAGCAGUGAAAACAUCCAGAGCUAAACUUAAAUGGCUAGAAAUGGAAAGUCAUGCAUACACAAAUUUUUUAAAUUAUUUCCGACCUGCGAACAAAAGAAGAUCUACAAGUGAUUCAUUGCAUUCUGCUAAAAUUACGGAGGUGUAUCAGAAGGCUCGUAUUAAUUUUGCCAUCGGCACAAAGGAACUAGGUGAGAAAAUAAAACUAUUGGAAAUGAAGAGGAUUGAAUUUUUCAAGUGUAAGUUGAAAUAUUGA